CGAGUCAGCCGCAUAAAUAUGGUAGAAACAAAUGAAUCUGCCGGUGGCGUUUUCCCUUCAAAAUAUUUAUCAGCUGGUUUAAUAUCCACUUCCAGAAAAUGGCAAUAUCAUGGCUUGUCAAAGUUUUAUUGGUGUCGUUGACGACGAAAGGAUAUUUUCCGAAGGGUCGCGGUCAAUUCAACUCUGAUCAUCUGACGGAAAAUGAAAAGUUGAAUCGUGAAGCAAUUACAAAAAUACAUGUCCACCUAGAUGAUGACAGGAAUGGGAAAGUUGACUUGAGUGAAUCAAAUGAGUUUAUGCGUGAUGAACUUCAAGUGACUGAUGAAGAACGGCACUCCCACUUCCAUGGAAAUGAUGAUCACAUCUCUGUGGAUGAACUCUGGCAGAGUUGGGCGCAAAGCGCAGUUCACAACUGGACUAACGAAGAAGUCAUUGAAUGGCUCAAAAACUCUGUCCAUCUUCCACAAUAUGCUGAUGUUUUUGUGACUGCAGCUAUCAAUGGAUCAGAUGUACCACGGCUGGCUACAGAGGAGAAUGGUCUGCUCCAAAAUGAACUGGGAAUAAAAGAUCCGAAACAUCGCAAGAAAAUUGGCUUACGAGCUAUGGAUAUUGUUCUUUUUGGACCUCCACUUGUCUUAGGACAUAACCUACUGAAGGAUGUUGUUGUAGCAUUCUCUGUGCUGGUUGCAACUUUUGGUUGCUGGGUAGCCAUUUUACAGAAACGUAAAGCAAAAGAACAAAUGGAACGUAUGAUCAAAGACAUGAAGAUACUCCAGCAAGCUGAGGAUGGUCUCCAGGAAUUACAAACUAGAUUGGCCAAAGCAGAGGAAGAUCAUCAUUUAGCCAUUACAGAGAAACUUGAUUUAGAGGCAAGGCUAAAUGAAGAGCUGGAAAUGUCAAAGAAUGAAGCUCAACUAAUGGCUGAAACUCGUACAGGGACAGAGGAACAAAUGCAGAAACUGAAGCUUGCAGAAGAAGAGCUGGUGCAGGUUCGCCGUGCUUUGAGGAAAGCUGAGAAAGAACUGGAGUAUCAGUCAUGGAAGGCACCAGCUGUUCUGAAACAAUGGCUACAGAUGACUUUUGACAAGGAAACUAAACACUUCCAGCAGAAAAGAACUGUUGCUCUUAAACAAAUGAAGGAAGCAAAAGAGGCGUGUGAGAGAAUAAAGAAGAAACGUAGUAGCUUGAUGGGAUCCCUGCGUCUAGCCCAUGACCUAACCAUUGACGAAGUUGAUCAAAAGAUUCUUGGUGCUAGAUCAGCACUUGCAGAAGUUACAAAUGAGCUUGAGGAGAGGCAGCACAGAUGGUCACAAAUAGAAUCACUGUGUGGAUUUCAGAUCAUGUCACAGACAUCCUUUGGUAUAGGGAAAGGAAGUGGCAGUCAAACCAACUCAGGUUCAGCCAUAGCAGAAGCUCUUGUUAAUGUGGCCAAUGUGGCAGGGGUCAGCUCUGGUAGAAAGAUCUCCUCUAGUGCUAGUCCUUGGAAAGCACUGUCUGUUCCUGAGACAGGAGUUAGCAAAGAAGAUCUCCCACCAACAUACUCUGCUGUGACAGCUAAUGUUGGCAUGCAUGAUGUGCAGAAAGAAUCCUCUUAUGAUAAAGCCAACUUGACUGGCCAAGAAAGUGAUUCUGGAGGUAAUAGAAAAGAUGUAACAAGGCAUGCUGAAAAGGAUGUUGUGCAAAUGAGAGAAAAGGCAACUUUUGAUACAAGUAAAAGCCAUCCAAGUCUUCAUCUUGGAGCACAAGCCUUGAUAAAUGGUGUAACAGAAACUGAAGUUUCAGCCAAGUCUUUGGAACAGUUGUCAGCAUCUUGUGAGAAAUUAGAGCAAGAUGAACCAGUUUUGAAUGGCUUGCCUGACUCACCAACUGGAAAAUCCAAAAAGAGACUGAGCUGGUUUGGAAAGAGGCAAGACUCCACUACUGAAAGUGAAUCAUCAGUAGCUGAAAAUGAUGACGAAACAAAGAGAAAAGUAAGGUGGCUGUGGAGAUCAGCAGUUCGGAAGUCCAAGUCACAGAGAAACCCAACAAGCAAAUCAGAUGAUAGUGCAACUAUGGCUACGUCAGUGGAAAAGUUAAAAUCAGGGUGAAACAUGACAGGUCUCCCUCAUCUGGUCAGGUACCUGGUAUGUUCUGGCAAGCUCUAGUUUGGCAGUGAUCAGUUCCAAACACAGUUUAGUUUAUUUGAAACAACUGUGUUUUGUCUGUCAUCCAUGACAGAACAGGAGUGUUACAGCUGCUCCUUUCCAGCUUUGUUAUGAGCUAUUACCUUUGGCAUUGUGGUUGUGGUAAUAUGAGAUAGAAGUGAUGUCAGUAGCAUUCAAGAAAAAAAUGCAGAGGAAAGAAACUGGUUUCUUGAGUUCAGUGGCAUUAUUUUUUUUUCCCUUUUCAGGGAAGAGGCUUAUUAUACCUAGCAUGUGUAAAGGUUAAAAAAUCAAAUUUUAGAUUGGUGUGGUGUCUAUAAUAACAUUUGUAUAAUAAUGUUUGGAGAAUAAGACAUCAAAUUUAUUAGAAAGGAUAAUAGCUGCAAAUUACAGGCAGUCAAUUUGAUUUUUAUGUUGUACAAAUUUGUACUUUAACUUUUACUCUGGCUAACUGGGGACAAGGUUUAAAUAUUUUGCUGGUUCACAAUCUUGAACAUGUUACAAUAUGUUGGAUAUGGUUUUUUUCAUUGGAUAAAAUUUUCAACAAAAUGAUUUAUCAUGUUUGGUAUCUCAUGUUCAGAAUGAAACCACAAAUAAAUCAAAUUUUUUAACCAUAGUAGAUAAUUAAUAGAUAGAGUCUAUGAAUGAAAAUUUGCUCUAGAGGAAAUUGCUUUUCACUUAAGUUGGUUGCUAAAUGAUUCUCAUCAAAAACUUUUUCCUUUGUUCCAUUGUAAGACUGACUGACAGAAAACUUGGCAGAUUGAUAGACAGACAAUCACACUAAUGACUGACUGACUGAUCAACCGAUAGGCAGAUAAACUGGCUGACUCACACACUGAUUGUGUGACUCACAAAUGUAUUAACUGAAUGGUCAACUGACUGACUGGUUGGCCUUUAGGGGACUGACUGAAAGACCAUCAUUUUCAUUUCCUUCAGAUGUUGCUCUACUUAUUACGUUGGAGAGAUUGAAGAUCAUAGUUUUUAAUUCAUUUCUGAAAUCCAUAACCAAUGAGUGCAGUUGAUUUUGAAAUUGUUGAUCACAUCUUAAAAGAAGCAAACUAUUGUUUGGUUUUCUGAACAUAAUUUCAUUUCAAAGUCAAGUGUUUUUUAGGUUUUUCUUUUUACCUUACUUAACAGAAAUUCCCCUUGACAUUGAGGCAGUGAAAGGAAUAUCUGCAAUGAGUAAAUAAACUGAAAUAGUAUUAGCAGGUAGAAAUUACAACCACUGAAUCAGCAAAUGUGCUGUUUCUUCUUAUCUCUGAACCAGAAUUAGGAAAUCUCUAUAUCGCGGAGUAUCAACAUAGGCCCCUUUGGCUGAAAACUUCUUUUUUUUUUUAAUCCAAAAAAUUACUUUGUAGUUGUUAUGCAAAGACAUAACCUGCCCCCCUCAUUGUGCUGAGUCAGUGUUUGUUGAAUAUAAUUAAUACGUCAUAAUGGUGCUUUUAGUCAUUUCAUAGUUUAUGGUGGAGUGAUGCAUGUAGUGUAUUUUUUCAUGGAAGGGGUUUGUCUUUGUUAGAUCUUUUGGUAGUCAAAUCUACCACUGACUAUGUGCUGGCUUUCUACUUCUAACCGAGUAGCCUGAAAAGUUCGCAUUGUGAAUAGUUCUCAAAAAGAUCUUGCAUUAUAAGAUGUUGUGACAUCUAGGUUAUUCAAAUGAAAAUGAUGCAUCAGUGGAAGAGUAUUAAAAGGCAAGUUAGUAUUAUUGACUGAGUUGAGAAUGUAAAUUGGCAACCAUAAAGAGUUUCAAAGCUGACAUUUCAAGCAAAAACCCUUCAUCAGAGCAAAUUUUCUUUGACAAAGGGCUAAUGCUUGAAACAAUAGCUUUGAAACCCUUUACCAUGGCCAAUUAACAUUAUCAACCCAGUUGUUAAUACCAAAUUACAGAGUAGAAUUGGCCUUGACAAAUUAAGGAAAACAUGCUGUUUAGGAUACUCUGUUUAUUUAUAGACCAUAUUUCAUUAUAUUGAACAUAUAACUUUCUUAGUUUGCAUGUUUUUUAAGUUUGUCAGCAGUUAGUUCUACCCCAUUCAGCUCCUUUGCCACAUUUAAUUCUUGGAUAGCUUUCAGUUGAUAUCUAAUUACUAGUGAGGUUUAACAUAAGUUUUGUGAAUUAUUGUACACAAGUUGUGGCAUCACAGCAAGUGACAAUCUUAAAUAUGGAAGUGAGUAGCACUUUGAUUGGUAUCUCUCCAGUUUAUUCUUUCUCUUAACCCUUUAACUCCCCAAGAUCUCAUUAGUAAUUCUCCUCACUGUCUGCCAUAUAGUUCUUGUGAUGUUAGUUUGGAGAAUUUGGUAUUGGAUUAACUAAUAACCCCCUAGUUAAGAUUUUUCUUUAUUCUCAUCACUUGUCUGCCCAAUAUUAUAUUGAUAUUGUAAGGAGAAAUUCUGACUUGGUCACUCAUGGGAAUUUAAGGGUUAAUUUGGGCAUGCUUGUACAAGUAUUUUUACUCAUAACACAGGGAAAUCAGAGUUGUAAUUACUUUUUUCAUUUCCCUUUAAUACCAUCAGCACAUUCUACAUUAAAUUGUUAAAAAAGAGGAUUAUUUUGAAGUGAGAUGAAUUUUGAUAAUGACCUUCAAUUAAUUUAUUAGCAAAAUCUAUUUUAUCAAUAAGAAAUAAGAUCAAGUAAUGAAUUGAGGGGGGUAGGGUGGAAGGGGUUUGGUCUUGGGUGAACAGAAGGCAUAACUUGUCAUGUUGCGUUUUCUGUUAUUCAGUAGCUUGAGGUGUAUGUUUUUGGCCUUAUUUUAAAUGAGAACAUUACACAAUCGUCUGUACUCUAAGGUGUGUUGGUUUCAAUAAAGCUGUGGACAUUUU